AUGGGGUUGUUCAAGAACCAGACGAAGAAUAAGAAGAAGACCGGCGUGGCGCGGACACCGAAGAAGCUGAAGCGGCUAGCGAGGGAGAAGCCGACGGUUGCUGAAUUGCCUGCAGAGAAGAUACUCGAGAUCACAAGCGCGAUGGAAGUGGAUAGCCCUUCAACGAGUCAGCCGAAGAAGCCAAAGAAGGCGCCAGUCCGGAAGGAGGGCAAAAUUACGCGUACACAGUUAUUGGAAUCUGGCGCUUCCGUUCAGCCUCCUGAGAAAUCACGAUCCGCAUCGAAGCGAAAGAAGGAGGGAAAGAAGGCUGAUAUAAAGUUCCAGCGGCCAAUGACAAAGAAGAAGGCGAGAAAGAUGCUCCGCAAUCAGGAAAGAGAAGAUCGGAAGAGCGAGAGGGAGGCUGCAAAGAUGGAUAGU